GCAAUCCUGUGACUGGGUUAGUUCCUAUUCCUUAACCAAUACGAUUGUCUCGUUCUUUUCACAUUCAUUUCUGUGUUGACAGGUCGUGCGUUCCCGCCCUUCUGCUCAUUCAUAAAUCAUAUAUUUAAUUUUCAAAUACCUAAUUAACAAAAAUGGGUGACGUAGAAAAAGGAGCCAAAGUAUUCCAAACUAAAUGCUCUCAAUGCCACACUGUUGAAGCGGGAGGCAAACACAAAGUUGGACCCAACUUGCAUGGUUUAUUCGGACGUAAAACCGGCCAAGCUGCUGGUUAUUCUUAUACUGAUGCCAAUAAACAAAAGGGUAUCACAUGGAAUGAAACAACAUUAUUCGAGUACUUAGAAAACCCCAAAAAAUAUAUACCUGGCACUAAAAUGGUGUUUGCUGGCAUUAAGAAAGUAGAUGAAAGAAACAACGUUAUUGCUUAUUUGAAAAAAGCUACCGCGUAAUGUCAGUAUUUGUGACAAUACUUUAAUAAUAGAUUAAAUUAUGAGUAUAAAAACGUUGUUAUUUUUUUGUUAUUAUUGUUCCCAGUGAUUAUACCUAGUAAUUAUUGUACACGUACACUUUUUAAAUUAAGUUAUUUCUUGUUUAAAUUUAUUUGUUGUACAGUGUUAUAGAGUCAAAUAUUAAAUGUUUUAGAAUAAAUGCCUUGUGCAAUUUAUGUUGAA